GUCGGUGGCAUUAACCUCAGCAGACUGAGAUUCGCACACACAAAACGAGAAACAGCCAGAGAGAAAGGAGACAUCAGGCACCAGCAGCGUUGAAACAGAAACACUCACAUUGAGGAGUGGAGAACAGAGGCUGACCAGAGCAGCUCAAAAGCGGUUGUUUCUUUAAGACUGGCAGUCGUCAGUGAGUGUACCUGGACUUGGAGGUUUGAGGAGUGUUUGUUUGGCUUGACUUUGGACAAACUCUUGCUUUGGUUCUCCUGAGAAAGACAGACGUCUACUUAAAUAGGACAAAGCACCAGAAAGGGAAAGGAAAGAAAAGUUCAAGACGUGCACAGCCAGUCAGCUGUAGACUUUCAGUCACACUUGGUGUUGCAUUUAAACUAGAUUUAAUUUCGUACCUAUUUGGGCUUCUGUUCGACCAAUGGCUGCUGUGCGUCAGAUGGUUAUGGAGGCCUCUGGCUUUCACGUCCUACCGGCUCACCUUAUGGCCUCAGCCAUGGAGGAGUUCCCCCAGCAGCUGCCUGUUCCCAAGGGCCCAGCAAGGGGCAAGAGCCGCUCCCGCAGACCUCGCGAGGCUCGCUUCAAAACACAGCCUGUCACCUUUGCUGAAAUCGCAGAGGUAGAAGAAGAGGGUUCCUCACCCCUGGAGGAGGAGAGGGCACGUCGUUCCUUCCUGCAGUCCCUGGAGAACCUGCGGCGGAGCACACAGACCCUCCAUUGCCCGCCGGCUGCCCAUCACAGCUGCAACCCCACACCUACACAGGCAAGCCUGGACUCCAGUGACUCGGACUCCACCCAGUGAGAGGUGGGACAUGCCCCUUUCCUGGCACCCAUGUUCCUCGCUUCGCCUUGACGCCCUUCGAUUGGAGGCCAACUGAACUGAACCAAACUGGCCUGUCUGCCAGCCUGCCUGUGUGUGUGUGUAAGCUGCUGCUGUCUGCAUUUAAUAUAUACUAACAUAUCAACAUACAGUAUAUAGCUCAAAGAUGCACUUGAUGCACAUCUGUAAAGAUCUCAACCAGGCUGGUUAUACUGUUGUAUAGAUAUGAUGAAGUAGCAGAUGACGCUGUGUUGAACACACUCUUCAAAUGUAUUCCUUUUCUACUGUAGAUGUCUAUGAGGAAAACUUGAAUGAUGAAAGUUGGCUGAUAUUUUUCCAUUUUAAAGUUGUAUAGGUAUUUUUUUUCAAUCCAGAUUUUUCUACUUGACCUGUCACUAUAAAAAAGACUGUUAAAUUAGUAUUGUGACUUACCAAACUGUAUAUACUUGACUAAGCAAUGUACUGAGCAACGGAAGUGACCUGGAUGUCACUUAAGCAGUUUAGUCCCAUUACAAAGUUUUGUCAAGAGUUCAAGCUCUUCUUUUCCAACUUCACAGUUAAUUAAAUUUCUGCUCUCGCUUUAAUUCCUA